AUGUGCCGCAGCGAAGGAAGCAUCACUGGACUCAUGUGGCCAUGCACGCAUCGCCACCGGGGUUUGGUGACUAUGGCACAUGCGUCAAAAAACCUGGCAACGCGGAAAAGAAUCAAGUAUGUGAUGAACCUGAGUGCAGGUGACUUCAUAUUUCUCGCAAACAGUAUAACCGCACCCGACGAGGGCAUCCCACAAUUCCUGCUGCAUGCAAUCAAAGUUAGUGCAUGGGGAAGCGGCAUGCACAUCGCGUCGAAGAUCAAGGCUGGCUCCACUCGCACACGAACUUGCAUGAAGUUCUCGUCGGAUCUCGAUCUGAACAUCUAUACGGCUGAAAAUGUCACCCGAAACCAGCGAGCAGAUUUUCGAGACAUUCUCUGCGACCGACUGCCCAAGGACACCGAUGGAUGGACAUUUGUACACAUGGGCAAGAAGUGCAUCAAGCUGGAACGUGAGAAAGAAGGAGUGAAACGCGAGGCAGACUUAGUCUUCAUGAACACAAGUUUUGACACUGGGGUUGUAGAACCCUGGCAGAAUGUCGAAUUCUUCCGUGACAACCCGGCUGCUCAGACUGCAGUCAAAAUGUUCAAAUUCUGUUUCCUGGACGUCUCUGGGCUUUGUGGAUUUCACACCGAGAGAUUGGCUAUGUCAAUCAGCGAAAGUUGUCCCCAGAUUGACCUGACUGGGAAGCAGCUCUUCGAUCGGAUGCUGCAGCAGCUUCGAGACGAUGGACCGCAGCUGAAGAAAGUGGUUCAGGAAGCGGUUGCUGAAAGCUACGAGGAAGACCAGCAGGAGCGUAGAGAGGAGAUGAUUCGUCGCAUCGGAAAGAUGAAGAACGUCCUUCCCACAUGA